AUGAAACGUUCCGUCGUCCGGCAAUUACGACGCGCUGCGGCGGCGGCGGCUCGGCCUGCUGCGCAGAGGUCCAUGGCCCGUUGCUACUCGACGCAUCCCCCCAACGCGAAGCUCAACCUCCCUCCCGACUACGCGACAACGCCAUUGCUCGCCCACGGCAGCAACAAGGUGCUCGGCAACAGCAACGAGAUCCCUGCCGAAGUUCGCAAUGGACCGACGGUGAAGAUGAACCUCUUCCAGGCGAUCAACAACGCCCUGGGCACCGCCUUGGCCGAGGACGAAAAUGUCGUCGUCUUCGGCGAGGACGUCGCAUUCGGUGGCGUCUUCCGGUGCACCAUGAAGCUGGCCGAGACGUAUGGCGCCGACAGAGUCUUCAACACGCCGCUGACGGAGCAGGGCAUCAUGGGCUUCGGCAUCGGCAUGGCGGCGCAAGGGAUGCGGCCCGUGGCCGAGAUUCAGUUUGCCGACUACGUGUUCCCCGCCUUUGAUCAGAUAGUCAACGAAGGCGCCAAGUUCCGGUACCGCGAGGGAAGCUGCGGGCCGCACGUCGGUGGCCUCACCGUGCGGAUGCCCUGCGGCGGCGUCGGACACGGCGCCCUCUACCACUCCCAAUCGCCCGAGAGCUUGUUCACCCACGUGCCCGGCUUCCGGGUCGUCAUCCCCCGAUCACCGAUCCAAGCCAAGGGCCUCUUGCUCUCGGCCAUCCGGAGCAACGACCCGUGCCUCUUCCUCGAGCCCAAGAUCCUCUACCGCGCCGCCGUCGAGCAGGUUCCGGAAGCCGCCUACGAGCUGCCGCUGUCCAAGGCCGAGGUGCUGAAGGAAGGCAAGGACAUCACCGUCAUCUCCUACGGCCAGCCCCUCUACACUUGCAUGUCUGCCAUCCAGCGCGCGGAAGCCGAUCUUGGCAUCUCGGCCGAGCUCAUCGAUCUGCGGACCGUCUACCCCUGGGACAAGCAGACCGUUUUCGAGAGCGUACGAAAGACGGGCCGGGUCAUCAUCGUGCACGAGUCCAUGGUGAACGCAGGUGUCGGCGCCGAGGUGGCCGCGGCCAUCCAAGAGGAUGCCGACACCUUUCUCCGUCUCGAGGCUCCCGUCGGUCGCGUCGCCGGGUGGAGCAUCCACAGCGGGCUGGUUUUUGAAAAGUUCAACAUUCCCGACGUUGCCAGGAUAUACGAGAAAAUCAGGACGAGCCUGAACUAUUGA